AUGCUGUCCAAAGCUCUGCAAAAAGCGAACACGGCAGUAUUACUCGACAAUGCGCAAAAUUAUGAAGGUGCCAUGCAGGCGUAUUCUGAGGCAUGUAAUUUAUUGCAGCAGGUUAUGUCCCGUAGCUCGGGAGACGAAGAUCGGCGCAAAUUAGAAGCCAUUCGUAAUACUUACACUAGCCGUAUAAAUGAAUUGGCAAAGAUUACGCCCGAGUUAAGUGAUGAGAAGGCACUCCCUGCCAGGCCUGUAGACACAGACGUUAGAUCGGACGAGCUUCCAAUGACCGAUGAUGAUGAUGAGCUUGCUACUAUAGAGACAGCCACCGUUACGAGGAUAGUCAACGAUUCUUCUUACACGAACGGAUCUCGGCAUGAUCGAUCAUAUUCGAGGAGUAGGCAAUUGCCUUCGCGAGGUGAAUCUUUAUUGCCUUCAGCCAUUGAACCUCAACAGACCCAGGAUAGAAACUACUCUGAUCAACGAUCAAAUUAUUUCUCCAGAUAUAAUCAAUCCCAGGGACGAAAUUUUGAAUCGAGUUUAGCCGUACCUAUGGACAGCCAGUAUAUGCCACCUCCACUAUCUCCGAGACGACCUCCGUCUCCAAUGACAUAUGGGCCAUCUGGCUCUGAUCAUCGAAGACAGAAAUCUUCUGAAUCGCCCAGAUCGAGCUCGAACUCAAAUUCGAAUUUGGCCGCCCCUGAGGAUUCCAAGGGGCAUGCACGAGCACCGAGUAAUGAAUCCAUGUCAUGGUUAGAUACUAUAGAUGAGUCUGGCGGUUCAGCGGCUUCAUCUGUACACUCUAGAUCCUCGUCUCUAAAUGUAAGGAGGAAGCAUAUCCGUGCCUCUAGCGGUCAAACUGAAGCCGAAUUUGAUGCUGCCCUGGAUGCCGCCGUUGAAGCCGCUUACGAUGAUGGUUUCGAGCCCGUAGAUUAUGAUGACGACGAGGGCGACGAUGAUGAAAUUGUAGCGAGUGUUAGGCGAAGAGUCGAACUAGCAAAGGAAAGGGUGCGUCAAAGUGAAAGAGAAGCUAUCAUAGAGGAUGCUCGUGAAAGAGAGCGAAAACGGUUAUUCCUGCAAAUGCAAGAGCCACAUAUUGGCCCACAUGAUGACUAUGAGGGAAACGAGUCAGAAGAGGAGGAGAGGAUGCUUGAAGAAAUGACCAGAGGUUACGUGAUGGACGAUUUCGAAUUCGGGCUCCAGUCGAAGUCUGCACUGCCUCGAGAGUCUGAUUCCAGCGGGUCAUUUUCUGGUCGGACUUGGCAUAGCUCAAAUGGUUCAAUACCCCCUCUUACCACUGUCACCGCACCAUCCACCACAUCACCUGUAACUUUAUCGCCGCCUCGAAAUCAGCCACCCCACCCGCCUCCUUCUCAAGCGUUACCUCCGCCGCCGACGCUCGAUGGCAGCCCGCUGAGAAAAGGUAGUCCAGCACAAAGUGUACGAAGCAGAAGACUAUCUGGUCAGAAUGCUAAGCAGCUAAAAAUUGAGACUUCAUCAAGGUUGAUUGAAGUUCAAAAUGCUCCCUUAACUUUGCCUCCAUCAAUGCCGCCGCCACAGGUUCCCAGCGGCCACACAGGUCCCAAAACUGCCGGGUUACCACAACAGAGACUAGGCUCGAUAAGCAUGCGACCACCUAUUCCCUCACGACAAGGUUCGAUUUCAGGACCAAGCUCUUCAGAUUUUACUUCACCUCCGACAGCCUUCCUUACUCAGACACUCACAAAUGAUAGCAGCGAUAAUUUUAAUCCUAUACCUCGGUCAGGAUCGCCAAACCGUUCUCACUCAAGAGCAGGACUGCGAAAAAACUUUUCGUCGUCGAGUUUGAAGAAUCUUCGGGGUCAUACUUUGUCGGUUUCCAACAUGGACGAAUUUGGUGACACUACCACGCCUUUAACUGCCCAAGGAAACAAUGCCAAUGGUAGAAUGCAUGCUAUGCCCACUCUUCCAACACCAAUAGCUGCGGCAUUCAAAGAAAGGAUGAAUGGUGCGCCUACCGGUGGUUUAUAUCUUUUCAAUAGUGAUCUUCACUCCCCAGACAGCCUUGGCUCACCCGACGCGAUGAGUGCAGGCGCACCAAUUCCCUUAGAACCAUGUCCAACAGAGUAUCUCCUUCGCCCGUUCUGGCUCAUGCGCGCUUUAUAUCAGACUAUUGCACAUCCGAGAGGUGGCUACCUAUCUACUAAACUAUUUGUACCUCGAGAUGUAUGGCGGGUGAAAGGUGUCAAGAUUAAGGGAGUUGAAGACAAGAUUGCCAAUUGUGACUUUCUUACAGCAGCUCUGAUGAAGCUGGGUCAAGUUGAUACUUACGAUGCGGAUGCUGUUUUGGAAGAAAUGCAAUCUCUAGAGGGAAUUUUGGAGCAGGUUCAGAUCACACUGAGCAAGAAGCUAGGCAGUGAAGUUGGCGUACAAGGUUCAAACGGGAUGUUCAAAGAUGCAACCAUGGGUGAAAACAUGGAUUUUGCUAAUAUGAGCUCAAAAUCUGGAAGCGUAUCUAGCAAGGCCUCUUCCUUUUCGUGGAGACGCCUACGUUCAAAAAAUUCCGCCAUGAGUCUUGGCAACAAUUAUUCGAAUAAGGUCACCUCUCCUGAGAUACCCAAGGAAGGACUAACUAUGGGCACUUUACCAAUGACCUCUGCGCCUAGGACUCGAUUCGCCAAAAGAGAUGUAGCUCAAGUGCAAUUCUCUGGACCGAAUGCAAAUUACAUGAGUGCUUUGGCGAGACUAUUUGACGCUGCACAAGCUAUUGAUCAAAUUGCGCGUCAAGUUGAAGAUCCUGGUCUUCGCCAUGCAGACAAGACUCAAGUCGGUCUUGAACUUUGCACGCGUCACGCAGCCGAGUUUUUCGGAUUUUACAUCUGUCGUUUUGUGUUAAAUGACAUCUCAUUACUUUUGGACAAAUUCAUUAAAAGGGGAAGUGAAUGGGUUCUUGUGUGA